UUUAAAGCCCGCCUCCGUAGCCUACGAUUCCUACUGAAAAAGGGGGAAAAAGGUGAAAACCCACAUCUACAUAUAUAUAUAUAUAUAUACACACAUACACGCAGAGAUACGAUCGGUGGAUUAUAUGUACAUGCGCUCAUAGGAAGAAUGAUGAACAGAGGGGUUUUGUUGUGCGGUCACGAAGUGGAUGAUGAGAUUGAGCAGAUUUCCAGGGAAAGCAGCCAUUUCAGUCUCUCCACUGGGAUUUUGCCUUCUCUCGGUGCGAGAAGUAAUCGACGAGUCAAGCUCAAGAGAUUCCUCAUCUCUCCUUAUGAUCGUCGAUACAGAAUAUGGGAGGCAUUUCUUGUGGUUCUUGUCAUAUACACUGCUUGGGUUUCGCCCUUUGAGUUCGGCUUCCUAAGGAGGCCGAGGCGACCACUCUCGAUCAUGGACAACAUCGUUAAUGGAUUCUUCGCUAUUGAUAUUAUCUUAACGUUCUUCGUCAGUUACCUCGAUAAAUCCACUUAUCUACUGGUUGAUGAGCGCAAAAAGAUUGCGUUCAAGUACUUGCGUUCUUGGUUCAUCCUCGAUUUCAUAUCAACCAUUCCUUCAGAGCUUGCUUUCAAAAUCUCAUCCCAAUUUUAUGGUUUAUUCAACAUGCUUCGCCUCUGGCGUCUACGAAGAGUCAGUGCCAUGUUUGCCAGACUGGAGAAAGAUCGGAACUUCAACUACUUCUGGGUCCGGUGUGCAAAACUCAUUUGUGUUACAGUGUUUGCAGUUCAUUGUGCUGCGUGUUUCUAUUACCUUAUUGCGGCACGUAACCAUAACCCGGCAAACACUUGGAUUGGAUCAUCAAAUGGAAACUUCCUCGAGGAAAGCAUAUGGAUGAGAUAUGUUACUUCAAUGUAUUGGUCUAUCACUACUCUAACCACUGUUGGCUAUGGUGAUCUGCAUCCAGUUAACACCAAGGAGAUGACCUUCGAUAUUUUCUAUAUGCUCUUCAACUUGGGAUUGACGGCAUAUUUGAUCGGUAACAUGACCAAUUUGGUCGUCCAUGGAACGAGCCGGACUCGGAAAUUUAGAGACACGAUUCAAGCUGCUUCAAAUUUUGCUCGACGUAAUCGUCUACCACCUCGGCUGCAAGAUCAGAUGGUUGCUCAUUUAUGUUUGAAGUUUAGGACAGAUUCAGAGGGGCUUCAACAGCAAGAAACCCUAGAUGCACUCCCGAAAGCCAUUAGAUCUAGCGUAUCACACUUCCUUUUCUACUCUCUCGUGGAUAAGGCGUACCUUUUCCGUGGGGUAUCUAAUGAUCUGCUCUUCCAACUGGUCUCGGAAAUGAAAGCCGAAUACUUUCCGCCCAAAGAAGAUGUGAUCUUGCAGAACGAGGCCCCGACCGACUUCUACAUCCUUGUUACGGGUGCUGUGGAUUUGAUAGUUCUCAAAAAUGGAUCUGAACAAGUCGUGGAUGAGGCGAGAGCUGGAGACAUAAUUGGCGAGAUUGGAGUCCUAUGCUAUAGACCUCAGCUGUAUACAGUGCGGACGAAACGUUUAUGCCAACUUUUACGUAUGAACCGUACGAAUUUCUUGAACAUUAUUCAGGCUAACGUCGGAGAUGGCACUGUAAUCAUGAAUAAUCUGCUCGAGCGCUUGAAACAAAUGGAUGAUCCGAUGAUAAAGAACGUUCUCGUAGAGACGGAACACAUGCUUGCUCGGGGUAAGAUGGAUCUUCCUCUCAAUCUGUGCUUCGCCGCCCUAAGGGAAGACGACUUGCUUUUACAUCAGUUGCUGAAGAAUGGACAUGAUCCCAACGAGUCGGAUAACAAUGGCAGAACACCUUUGCAUAUAGCAGCAUCAAAAGGAAGCCUGAAUUGUGUGCUUCUUCUGUUGGAUCACCAUGCAGAUCCCAACUGCAGAGACAACGAAGGGAAUGUACCGCUGUGGGAGGCAAUGCAGGGAUGGCACGAGAAAGUAGCGAAGGCCCUUUUGGAAAACGGAGCAACCAUAGAAGCGGGCGAUGUCGGUCACUUUGCUUGCACGGCAGCCGAGCAAAACAAGCUCGAUUUGCUAAAGGAGAUUGUCCGUUAUGGUGGAGACGUUACCCGACCCCGAAUCACUGGAACCUCGGCCCUCCACUCGGCCGUAUGUGAAGAAAACAUCGAAAUUGUUAAGUUUCUGUUGAAGCAAGGUGCGGACGUGAACAAACAGGAUAUGCAUGGUUGGACGCCGAAGGAUCUUGCCGAGCAACAAGGGCAUGAGGAAAUCAAAGCCCUUUUCCGAGCCCGACAGGAGGCGGAGGAGGAGAAGACACAUAUCGAGAGUAGCGCGUCAGUCCCGAUACCGAAAAGCUCGAUCCGUUUUCUCGGAAGGUUCACUAGCGAGCCGAACAUCCGGCCUGCUUCUAGAGACGUGUCGUUCAGGAUCCCGGAAUCACGUCCGAGGCGGAAGACCAACACUUUCCACAACUCUUUGUUCGGGAUCUUAGCCCAUCAGAACGGGCAGAAGAACUCGUUAUUCACAGUCGAUGAGGCUUCUUCUACGAAUGUCAAGGCUCGGGGAGGAGACGUCGGAACGGCGAGAGUAACCGUAAGUUGCCCCGAGAAAGGCGACGUGUCGGGGAAGCUUGUUCUUCUUCCGGGGAGUUUGCAGGAGCUUCUAGAACUCGGGUCCUCGAAAUUCGGGAUCGUUAACGCCAAAGUAACGAACAAAGACGACGCAGAGAUCGACGAUAUCGAAGUUAUUCGAGACGGCGAUCAUCUCGUCUUUGCAAGCAGAUAUGAAUCACAAGAUCCUAACAAGGUGGAACUCCCACGAGUAGAGAAGGAAUCAAGAUCAUAACAUCUUUUUUCUUCUGGUAUUCUGUUCACUUCUCCACACGAUUUUUUUUCGGUUUUUUCGCUGAAAUAUAUGUGACGAGGCCGAUCCAGGAGCGGGAUCGAGAUUCGUAGGAGCAAAACCGAUGUAAAGGUUUGUUCGGGUUUCGGGUUUCGGCCAAAAUGAAAAGUAUGAUAAGUAACAGAAUACGCACACACACACAGAGGAUGGUUUUUACAGUCUUAAACCCACGAUGUUUGUUUCCAUUCCCUGAUGAUUGUGAACUUCGCCUAGUCGAAUCUCUCGAAGCGAAGAGAAUUCGCGCUGUGGCUUGUGCGUUUCGGUUUUUUCGGGUCGGAAUCUUUUGUUUCUG